AAUGUUAAAAAUGAAUCGGGGAGACUGGAAAUAUAUAAACAGAGGAGAGGAGGGACGAGAGAUUCCCGGCAUUAGUUCGGACUUGCUUUCUUGGACGAGGAGAGAACCUUCACUUUGGUCUAAAACCCUGUCCCCCUCUCUCUCUCUCUCAAGCUCUAUCUUGAUUCUUGACUUCUGUUGUCUUCUUCUUUGAUCUGCAACUGUGAAGCUCUUUCGCUAGAUGUGUUUUUGCUAAUUUGUCUUCAACAUUAUUGAGGCUCAUGUUUCCAGGCGUUAGAAGAAGAAAUUGGACAUAAGGGAAAAAUCAUUUGCAGGAGAUUCAGGUUUCCUCUCAUUGAUAUGUGCCAAUUGUACUUGUUUUGAGCUGAAAUUUGGAGAAAUGACAAGGGGAAGGAUAAGGGCAAAACUCCGGCAGAGCCAUCUUUACACAUUCUCAUGCCUCCAUCCAACUAACACGGAGGCCGAGAGACCCAAUUCAGUUCAGGGCUCGCGAAUUAUACACUGCAACCAACCACAUCUCCAUCAGAAGAAACCUCUGAAGUACUGCUCAAAUUAUAUAUCAACUACCAAGUAUAAUGUUGUUACGUUCUUGCCCAAGGCAAUCUUUGAGCAAUUCCGGAGGGUUGCUAAUUUGUACUUUCUUUUGGCUGCGGCUCUUUCCCUCACAGCAAUUUCGCCAUUUAGUGCUGUAAGCAUGAUUGCUCCUCUUGCAUUUGUUGUUGGGCUCAGUAUGGCAAAGGAAGCCCUGGAAGAUUCGCGUAGGUUCGUUCAGGAUAUGAAGGUUAAUCGCCGGAAAACUAGUGUUCAUAAAGGGAAUGGUCUUUUUGGUGAUAGACCAUGGCAUAAGAUUCGGGUGGGAGAUGUGUUGAAAGUGGAAAAGGAUCAAUUUUUUCCAGCAGACUUGCUUCUCUUGUCAUCGAAUUAUGAGGAUGGGAUUUGCUAUGUGGAAACUAUGAAUUUAGAUGGUGAGACAAACUUGAAAGUAAAGAGAUGUCUGGAGGCGACCUUGCCUUUGGACGAUGAUGAGGCUUUCAAGGAUUUUACUGGGAUAAUCCGAUGUGAAGACCCAAACCCCAGUCUUUACACCUUUGUGGGUAAUUUGGAGUAUGAUCGGCAGGUUUUUUCUCUUGAUCCUGGCCAGAUUCUCCUUAGAGAUUCAAAGCUGAGGAAUACAAAUUAUGUAUAUGGUGUUGUGAUCUUCACUGGCCAUGAUAGCAAAGUCAUGCAGAAUGCAACGGAGUCCCCUUCAAAAAGGAGCACAAUAGAAAAAAAGAUGGACUACAUCAUAUAUGUCCUUUUCACUCUCCUUGUGGUGAUCUCAUUGAUCAGCUCAAUUGGCUUUGCCGUGAAGACCAAGUACCAAGUGCCAGAUUGGUGGUACUUAGAACCCCAGAAUACUGACAGUUUAUUUAAUCCUGGCAAGCCAGCCUUGUCGGGAUUUUACCAUCUGAUUACUGCUCUCAUCCUUUAUGGAUAUUUAAUACCCAUCUCGCUCUAUGUAUCAAUUGAGGUUGUAAAGGUUUUGCAAGCAACCUUCAUUAACCAAGACAUACAUAUGUAUGAUGAAGAGACUGGAAAUCCUGCUCAAGCACGAACAUCAAACUUAAACGAGGAAUUGGGCCAGGUUGACACAAUCCUCUCUGACAAAACAGGCACUUUGACCUGCAAUCAGAUGGAUUUUCUGAAGUGCUCCAUUGCUGGUACCGCAUAUGGUGUGCGUUCUAGUGAAGUUGAACUUGCUGCUGCAAAACAGAUGGCUAUUGAGGAGGAAGUAGACAUUUCCAGUUUUCCCAUGCGUAGAGAUAAUCAACAAAGUUCCAGGAAGAAUGUCGGAAGAGCUUCGGAAAUUGAACUGGAAACUGUCAUUUCUUAUAGCAAUGGAACUGGUCAGAAACCUGUAAUAAAAGGGUUUAGCUUUGACGAUGGCCGCCUCAUGAAUGGAAAUUGGUUGAAAGAACCCAAUACUGAUGUUCAUUUACUUUUUUUCCGGAUAUUAGCAAUAUGUCAAACUGCAAUUCCUGAGCCGAAUCAAGAGACUGGAAGUUUUACUUAUGAAGCAGAGUCACCCGAUGAAGGGGCUUUUCUUGUUGCAGCGAGGGAAUUUGGUUUUGAGUUUUGUAAAAGAACACAAUCAAGUGUGUUUAUCCACGAACGAUAUCCUAAUUCAAAACAACCAGCUGAAAGAGAGUACAAACUUCUGAACAUACUGGAGUUCACCAGCAAAAGAAAGCGAAUGUCUGUAAUUGUUCAGGACGAGGAGGGGCAGAUUCUGCUUCUGUGCAAAGGUGCUGACAGCAUCAUUUUUGAUCGCCUUUCAAAGAAUGGAAGAACGUAUGAGGAAGCUACUACUAAGCACUUGACUGAAUAUGGAGAAGCUGGGUUGCGUACAUUGGCACUUGCUUAUAGAAAGCUUGAGGAGUCUGAGUAUGCCACUUGGAACAAUGAGUUUCAGAAAGCCAAAACAUGUAUUGGGGCUGAUAGAGAAGCAAUGCUUGAGCGUGUAGCAGAAAUGAUGGAAAGAGAGUUAAUACUUGUCGGUGCUACUGCUGUGGAGGACAAAUUGCAAAAAGGGGUGCCCCAGUGCAUUGAUAAACUUGCACAAGCUGGUCUCAAGAUCUGGGUAUUGACGGGGGAUAAGAUGGAAACGGCAAUCAACAUAGGAUUUGCAUGCAGUUUGCUCCGACAGGGGAUGAAGCAGAUCAUUAUAACAACAACAAAUUCAGACACAUUAGCCAAAGAUGGCAAAGAGGCUGUGAAAGAGAACAUUUUGAAUCAACUCACCAAUGCCUCACAAAUGAUCAAGCUGGAGAAGGAUCCCCAUGCUGCCUUUGCAUUAAUUAUUGAUGGAAAAACUCUAACUCAUGCUUUAGAGGAUGAUAUGAAGCAUCAGUUUUUAGGGUUAGCAGUUGAUUGUGCAUCUGUCAUAUGUUGUCGUGUCUCCCCCAAGCAGAAAGCAAUGGUAACAAGGUUAGUAAAAGAAGGAACUGGGAAAACCACCCUAGCGAUUGGUGAUGGUGCAAAUGAUGUGGGAAUGAUUCAAGAAGCUGACAUUGGUGUUGGCAUCAGUGGGGUCGAAGGUAUGCAGGCUGUAAUGGCUAGUGACUUCUCCAUUGCCCAGUUUCGAUUUCUGGAGAGACUUCUGGUAGUCCAUGGACACUGGUGUUACAAGAGGAUUGCUCAGAUGGUUUGCUAUUUCUUCUACAAAAAUAUAGCAUUUGGUCUUACCCUCUUCUACUUUGAGGCAUUUGCGGCCUUUUCUGGGCAGUCAGUUUACGAUGAUUGGUACAUGCUGUUGUUUAAUGUUUUGCUUACCUCAUUGCCUGUCAUUUCACUUGGAGUUUUUGAACAAGAUGUCUCUUCAGAAGUCUGCCUACAGUUCCCUGCACUAUAUCAGCAAGGGCCAAGAAAUUUGUUCUUCGACUGGUACAGGAUACUGGGUUGGAUGGGCAACGGUCUAUAUUCCUCCCUCAUUAUUUUCUUCCUCAACAUUAUCAUCUUCUAUGAUCAGGCAUUUCGUGAUGGAGGCCAGACAGCUGAUAUGGCCACUGUAGGUACAACAAUGUUCACUUGCAUCAUCUGGGCUGUCAAUUGCCAGAUUGCACUUACAAUGAGCCACUUCACAUGGAUCCAACACCUCCUGGUUUGGGGCAGCAUUGUCACUUGGUAUCUGUUUCUCUUGCUAUAUGGCAUGAUAUCACCGCUUAUUUCUGGGAACGCCUACAAACUUCUAGUUGAAGCUCUUGGUCCUGCUCCUAUAUAUUGGGCAGCCACCCUUCUAGUGACAAUCGCCUGUAAUCUUCCUUACUUGGCGCACAUAUCUUUCCAAAGAUGUUUUAAUCCAAUGGAUCAUCAUGUCAUCCAAGAAAUCAAGUACUACAAAAGAGAUGUUGAGGAUCAACAUAUGUGGACUAGGGAGAGUUCCAAAGCAAGACAUGAUACCAAGAUUGGGUUCACAGCAAGGGUGGAGGCAAAGAUCAGGCAGUUGAGAGGGAGGCUGCAGAAGAAACACUCGAGCUCGGUUGCAUCAUGACCAUAUCCAUGACUUUUUCAUUUUUGAUAUAUAUUUUUUUUCCUUGGGGUUUUUGGCCGAUUGUAGUUUUAUGUUGUGGCCCCCCCUUUUCUAAUUCAUUUAUUUGCUUUCUUUUUAUCUGUUAUAUUGAAGUUGGUUGGAGUUUGUCCAUUCAUUACAGAAACGUGUUAGAGCCUGUUGUAUGUACAAUAUUUUAUUGAGGUGAAGAAUGAAUAGCUUGUGAAAAUUGUUGAUUUUUAUAUAAAAAAGUUGCUCUGGUUAGCGUUGACUAAUGAGAGCUGUCAUACAAA